AUGCUAUGGAGUAGAAGAAUAAUACACAACUAACUCACUGUUUUCUUCAUGAUCAUCUAUUUGCUUAAGUCCUUGACAAUAAUUGUGCAGUGUAAUUUAAUUGUUGCAGUGCUGAGCAGAGAGUGGGUGCAGGUCAAAAGGCUGUCACCUGUGAACAUGAUUCUCAUCAGCCUGGGUGUCUGCUGCUUCUGUUUACAAUGGUCAUCAGUGCUGCACAAUUUUGGCUUCUAUUUCAACCAAUUACUUUGGUACAUAUUAAUCAUCUGGGAAUUUACUAAUACUCUUACAUUCUGGUUAACCAGCUUGCUCACUGUUGUCUACUGUGUCAAAGUCUCUUUCUUCACCCAUCCCAUCUUCCUCUGACUGAGGUGGAGAAUUUUGAGGUUGGUUCCCUGGCUAUUGAUAGGGUCGCUGCUGAUUUCCUGUGUGACAAUCAUUGUCUCAGCUUUUAGACAUCACAUCAAGAUUCAGUUAAUCUCCAUGAUGCCUGGAAACAACACUAAGACAGAGAAACUUAAGACAUUUAUAGAGAAGUUUUACAUAUCUCAGCAACUGGUUGUGUUGGUAAUUCCUUUCCUCCUGUUCCUGGCCUCCACCAUCUUGCUCAUAACCUCAUGGUGCCAACACUUGGGCAGAACAUAUCACAACUCUGGCCACAGCAACUCCAACAUGAAAGCUCACUCCACUGCCCAGAGGUUUCUUGCCUUCUUCCUCAUCUUCUUCACCUCUUACUUUCUGACUGUAAUCAUCUCCAGUAUGUACAUCCUGUUGAAUAUGAAUUCCUAGUUCUGAGCCUGGGAAACUAUCAUCUAUGCUAUAGGCUCUGUUCAUUCCACUUCACUGAUGCUGAGCAGCCCUACAUUGAAAGUGGUUUUAAAGAUAAGCUGCUAUGCCCUAGAGGCUGCCUGA